AUGGGGAGCAACGGCCGAGAGGUCCGCCAAGAAGCAGAGCUGGAGGUCGCUCCGCGCGCCAACUUCUUCGCGUUGCCUCUGGCGCCCCCUGGCGGCGACACCCGCACGGCCCCGCCCCCUUCGGGACCCCGGAUGCCCCCCGAACCUCCGACUCCUGGACUGGCCCGGGCCGCAGCCCCAGCAUGGCGCGAUCGCCCGGCGGCCGCGUGCUGGCCGCGCUGGUCCUGCUGGGCGCGCAGCUGCUGUUCCCCGCAGGCGGGACGCGCGCCCACGGGCCGGGCGCUCGCCACGCUCGCCCUGCUGCUGGGCCUCGCCUGCCUGCUGCUCGCCGCGCUCUGCGGCCACCUGGGCGCCGAGCUGGCGCGGGGGCCCGGCCCCGGCAGGUCUGACUGGUUUCUCUAUGACUGCUGCCUCCUCAGACACAAGGCCCUUGGCCUCUUCUGCUGUGGGGUCUCCGUCCACUUAGCAGCACUGUCCAUCUAUUCCCUGCUGCUCUUUGAGAUCGAGACAGGUGCAGCGGCCGCCUCCAUCCUCGGCGCAGGUGCCCUGGUCCUGGUGGCUGUGCUGACCCACACUCUGCUCCGAGCUUCCCGGGCCACCCGCCAUGGCCUCCAUGAGCUGUCCCCACCGCACUUUGAAGAUGACGCCAUCCACGCUGCUGAAGUCUCCAAGACCAGCGCCGGGGCUCAGCCCCAGCAGGGUACCCACCGCUGGACCCCCUACUCAUUCUGCCCAGAACCUGGGGACUCCCUCAGACCCACAGUUACUGCCACAGCACCUGCAGACCUGGGGGGAGGCCGAGAGAGCAGCCUGCCUGCACCUCUCAUGCGCCGGACACUGUCAGCCAGUGGGGUGCACUGGGAAGGGGUCACCCAUGAGAUGCACAUGUUGGGCCACAGGCCUGGGGGCUCAGGGAAGGACUCCACACUGGUGUGAGCCCAGAGAUCCAGAAUAGAGACCUGGUGUCAGACAGCGGGAAGAGGACCCUGUAGAGAUAAGUCCAGGCUCAGCCACAGUAGCAGUAUGAUUUGAUUUCCCAGUUCACAGCAUCCCUGGCUU